AUGGGUAACAACACGUCUUCGUCCUCCAAACCGACCACGCCGACUACUUCAGCUCCAGGUUCGGCCCACGGUCAUCUUCAUGGCCACGAAUCUCCCCGCCAUCAUCUGCGCAAGGAUGCCCGCAAUAUCAUUACCGGGCACACGCAUCGCUCUGCCGCGCCGCCGGAGCCUUCUAUGGCCCAGGCCCAGGGCUCAACGGUGAUCAAUCGGCCAAAGAGUUUGCCUCCUACGGCGGUGUCUUCUCUUAGCGGCUCUCCACACAGCAACUUUACCGCGGUGCAUAAGACUGCUUCUUCCUCUGAUGCUAAGGCCAUCGCCGAGAAACAAGGUGCUGCAACGCCUGAAUCCAAAUCGCACCAUCGCGACGAACCGACCAAGCCCCUCGACGUCCCUAUGGAGUCUUCUUCUCUACGAUCACAUCAAUCCGCCCACGUCCACGACUCUGCGUUGAUCCCAAACAGCAGUAUUACAGAUAUGUACCUGACUCGACCCCCUCGUCUUCCUCUUCCUAUCGACGAGGAAGUACAUACACCAGGAUCUCCAAUUCUAGCACCAGAGAAUGACCAGGAGGCUGAUGUCGAGCCCAUCGACUCUUUGGAUGGAAUCACUCGCAAGAGUUCUGCCCUCAGCGCUACGACAGUAGAUGAAGAGGACGGUGAGGAGUUGCGGGUCGACAAGACUAGACCUGUUGUCCAGACCAAGCUGGAAUGGCUUAGUGGGGGCGACAAGAUUUAUGUGACUGGAACCAUUUUUCAAUGGAAUCGUAAGCAACGGUUGCAUCCCAUCGAGGGUCGCCCAGGCUGUUUCUCAACGACAGUUUAUGUUCUGCCAGGCACUCAUCAUGUCCGCUUUUUGGUGGAUGGUAUUAUGCAGACAUCUCCCGAUCUACCCACCACUGUAGACUUUGGCAACAACCUCGUCAACUACAUCGAAGUCAGCCCCGAUGAUGCCCACAAGGUUCCUGCACCCCCGGCCGCUUCGCACGCCGAAGUUCAGGCUGCUGCUGCUGCUCAGGCGAUUGAGCAAGCUCAGGGGGGAGUCCCUGGAGGUUCGAAACCACCGCCCCAACCAAAGGGCAAGCCUGUGCCCCCUCCAGAAGCGUAUCGUAGUCAAAUUCCGAAAUACCUUGUCGACUUUGACCAGGCUGAGGAUUCGCAAGCGUACCAAUACGCAGUUAAUGCAAUCGAGAGACUACCGAAUCCCCCUGCUUUGCCAGGCUUCCUAAGCAAGCCGAUACUAAACGCAGCGACUCUUAUGAAGGACGACAAUAGUGUUCUCAACAUGCCAAAUCACACGAUACUGAACCAUCUUGCCACUAGUAGCAUUAAGAACAAUAUUCUUGCUGUUUCUGCUACUACUCGGUACAGGGAUAAGUAUGUAACCACGAUCGUUUACAAACCCACUGCUUCCGACGAAAGUUAA